AUAUUUUACAGUAGAGGUUGGCACACCUGUGGUCCGGAGUUCCGAGUUCGUGCUGUUGCGUUGGAAGUAACUGUUGUGUUGGGAGUUCGCGUGUUUUCAUAACACGUGCGUACUCGCGCUGCAAUGAUUUGCCGGUGCUAGUCCAGGUAUAAUUGUUCAUUGGUGUUGGCCAUACAUCCAACUGGAGUAAACAUCAGAACAAGUGUGGGCAUUUAAUAUUUUAAUUCUAAUUCAACAUACAUAUACGUAAACCAGCCUAAUGGCAAAGAGAAGCAUAUCAAGGGCUGGUCGAGAGACUUGAUUUAACAGCAGUUGGGUGCUUGACUUUAAAAAUAUUCCAUGUUGAGCAUGUACAUCAUGCGAAUGGACAAAUUUUCAAAUUUCAGAAUCACGUGUAUUCGUUUCAAUACAUGCAUUAGAUUGGAGAGCACAUCAGUGAAACCUAAAAACUUCUGCGACAUCCCUGGACCUCGAAGUCUGCCGCUGGUGGGAACUUUGUGGAAAUAUGCGCCCAUGAUUGGAGAAUACGAAUUCACUCGCCUCCACUGGAAUGGACUGCGUAAAUAUCAGAAGUAUGGACAAAUUGUGAGGGAAGAAAUUGUACCUGGUGUCCCUAUAGUGUGGGUGUUUAGUCCAGAAGACAUUGGACGAGUGUUCAAAGCUGAAGGACGUUACCCGGAGCGAAGAAGUCAUCUUGCACUGGCCAAAUGUAGGCAGGAUAAGCCGGAAGUUUUCAACACAGGUGGCUUAUUACCAACAAACGGACCUGAAUGGUGGCGCCUGCGCAGUGCGUUUCAGCGCGAAAUAAGCAAAGUGCAGUGUGUAAGGGGAUACCUCCCGACGACAAACACAGUUAUUAGUGAGUUUUUGGAGGAACUGAAAUCUAAUGAGAGCAGUAAUAAAACUGCUGGAGAUGUACUGCCUAAACUGUCUCGGCUUUUUCUAGAAUUGAUUGGCGUGGUUGCUUUUGACAUCAGACUUGAAAGCUUCAGCGAAUCGGAGAAAAGUCCCAUGUCAAAAUCAUCAAAAUUGAUUGAAGCAGCACACUCCAUAAACAGCAGCAUUUUAAGCACAGACAAUGGCCUGCAGAUGUGGAAAUGGUUUGAUACCCCUCUUUUCAGGAAAUUGAAGAAAGCGCAUUCCUACAUGGAGCAAAUUGCCGUUCAAUUGGUUUUGCAAAAAAUGGAGUUGAUGAAAGAAUGUGCGAAUAAGUGCAGUCCAGAACAUCACCCGUCGUUACUGGAAGCGUAUCUUUCAUCGCCAGAUAUUGACUAUAAAGAUGUCAUUGGAAUGGCUGUAGAUAUGAUACUUGCCGGAAUUGAUACUACUUCGAACUCAGUGAGUUUUGCUCUGUACCAUCUCGCAAAGAACCCUCACGCUCAGAUGAAGUUACACGAAGAAUCUUGUAAACUGCUGUCAAGAGUCGAUUGCCUUGUCACUGCUGAAAUGCUUUCUGAAGCUCAGUACACAAAAGCGGUAAUCAAGGAGUCAUUUAGACUGAAUCCCAUAUCGGUAGGAAUUGGCCGAAUCCUUGCUCAAGAUGCAGUUUUGUCAGGCUACAACGUACCAAAAGGAACUGUGGUGGUGACGCAGAACCAGGUCUCCUGUCGACUCGCCAGGUACUUCGAGUCCCCACACGACUUCCUCCCUGAAAGGUGGUUGAAAGGAGAGGAGGCGCACAAGCCUGCGAGUCCGUACCUGGUGCUGCCUUUUGGCCACGGACCGAGGACCUGCAUCGCCCGACGACUGGCCGAGCAGAACAUGCAGGUUCUCCUUUUGAAGGUGGCUCGAAGGUACAAGAUUGGCUGGGAAGGAGGCAUGUUGGAUGCUGUGUCGCUCCUCAUCAAUAAACCAGAUCAGCCUGUGCUGUUGACAUUUCAAGAUCGUCAUUAACAAUAUCAUGUCAUUGUUGGAACGAUUUUCCUCCUGAUAACCUCUGAAGUCAACGAAAAUCAACACUGCUGUAGGUGUUUUAAGUUUUCUUAUCACUUAAAAAAAUUUGUUUGUUAUGCUUUGUGUAAUUUGUAUCCUACACUGUCUACAACUUUGUGUGUCGUUAACAGACUUUAUCUGCAAAUAAAAUGAUUCCAUAAGUUAUUGUUUGUCUUUAUUUGGCCAAAAUG